GAGCUUGAUAGAACAGACAGUAGAAGCAGCCUAGACAACAGACAAACAGAAUCAAGAAGAUGUCUGACAGAAGAAGCCCAAGGAAAAGAUUGCACCGCCAUGACGCAGCCUCGGACAGCAACAGUUCGGACGAGGAGGUGGAGUACCAGUCGACAGGACCAGUGUCGCAAGACGACGCACACCGUAGCGGGCGGCGCAACCCGCUAGACUCGUCUCCGCCAGCAUCAGAUAUUCCGGACCUGGCGUCGUCACCGAACGCCAAACUGUUUGACAACGACGACGAUGAGAACGAGGAGUCGGUUCACAACGAGGUUGAAGACGACCUGCGGGACUUGGACGACGAAAUGGAGGAGGCCACGGGCCGAGACCUUAUUGGCGACGAUAUGAUGGACGACUACAGAGAGCGUCCGGGUGAGGACGCUUACGAGGGGUUGGACAUCGACGACGACGUGGUGGAUGAUAUGGACAUUGGUCAGCGGAGACAGGUGGACAGGCUCCUCAACCUCCGGGACGACUACUCCAGAAGGCAGAACUUGGACUUAGACGAGGACGACCAGGAGAUGCGUGGCUCGCAGUCAGAGGACGAGUUUGGAUUGCCCACACAGAGAACGAGAAGACGGUUCGAGGAGGACUUCAACAACGAGGACCUUGCUGCGAACGAGAUCGCCUAUGCACAGUUGAUCGACGUCAAGGCGCCUUCGGUUCUUGAGUGGAUCUGCCAGCCCCAGGUGACCAGAACCAUUGCUCGGGAGUUCAAGUCGUUUCUCUUGGAGUUUGUCGAUGACAAAGGUCGGUCUGUGUACGGGCCGAAGAUCAGAGAGAUGGGAGAGUCGAACAGCGAGUCGUUGGAGGUCUCGUACUCCCAUUUGUUGAACUCCAAAGCCAUUUUGGCGGAUUUCCUCAGACAGUGCCCGGAAGAGAUGCUGAAGAUCUUUGACGUUGUUGCCAUGGAGGCCACGGAGAUCCAUUACUCGGAUUACACUCAGAUUCAUUCCGAGAUCCACGUCAGAAUAACAGACUAUUACGAGAUGCUGAACUUGCGAGACUUGAGACAGAACCACUUGAACAACCUUGUCAAGAUUAGAGGUGUUGUCACAAGAAGAACAGGAAUCUUCCCCCAACUCAAGUACAUCAAGUUUGACUGUCCUCAGUGUAAGACAGUGCUUGGUCCCUACUUCCAGGACUCGAAUCAGGAAAUCAAGAUUAGAUACUGCUCCAACUGUGAGUACCGAGGGAAAAUGCCAAUCAAUUCGGAGCAGACGGUGUACAGAAACUACCAAAGAAUCACUGUACAGGAGUCCCCAGGCUCGAUGCCCGCCGGUCGUCUACCCCGUCACAAGGAAGCAAUUUUGCUCUGGGACUUGGUCGAUGUGGCCAAACCCGGCGAGGAAGUUGAGCUUACGGGGAUAUACAAAAACUCGUACGACGGUAUCUUAAACGCCAAGAACGGUUUUCCUGUUUUCGCCACCGUCAUUGAGACAAAUUCGAUCAAGCGUCGGGAAGGUGGCAGUGACGAUACAGACUCUUCUUCGGCCUACCAGAUCUCUUUAGAAGAUGAAAAGACAUUCAGAAGUAUGUCGAACCAGCCGGAUAUCAUUGAAAAAAUUAUCUCCUCCAUGGCCCCUUCGAUUUAUGGUCACAAGUACAUCAAGACUGCCGUUGCUUGCGCGUUAUUCGGAGGUGUUCCAAAGGACGUCAAUGGGAAGCAUUCGAUCAGAGGAGAUAUCAAUGUUUUAUUGUUGGGUGACCCUGGUACUGCAAAGUCCCAGAUCUUGAAGUAUGUCGAGAAAACCGCAUACCGUGCUGUUUUUUCAACGGGUCAGGGUGCAUCUGCUGUUGGUUUGACUGCCUCUGUUCGUAAAGACCCGGUCACCAAAGAAUGGACCUUGGAGGGCGGGGCCUUAGUCUUGGCCGACAAGGGUGUCUGCAUGAUUGACGAGUUUGACAAGAUGAAUGACCAGGAUCGUACCUCCAUCCACGAAGCCAUGGAGCAGCAGUCUAUCUCUAUCUCCAAGGCAGGUAUCGUGACGACUCUACAGGCAAGAUGCUCGGUCAUUGCGGCUGCAAACCCUAUCGGAGGUAGGUACAACAGUACCGUCGAUCUACAAAGAAACGUCAACUUGACUGAACCUAUUCUUUCGAGAUUUGACGUCAUCUGUGUCGUGAGAGAUUUAUGUAACCCCGAGAACGACGAGAGGUUGGCCACGUUCGUGGUCGACUCGCACAUGAGAUCGUAUCCUGACGAUGGGGACGAGGAUGAUUUAGAUGAGGGUUCCGAUGCAGAAAAUAUUAAGGAAGACGGCGAGUCUGACGACGAGAUGAACGAAGAGAUGAUGCGUGAAAGACGAAAGAAAAGACAGGAGAAGAUCAAACGAGCAAAGGAGAGUGAGAUUUCACCAAUUCCACAGGACGUGCUCGUGAAAUAUCUCUAUUACGCCCGGAGCCGCAUCCAGCCCAAACUCAAUCAGAUGGACAUGGACAAGGUCUCCCGGGUUUACUCCGACCUCAGAAAGGAGUCCAACACCACAGGCUCUUUCCCGAUCACCGUGAGACAUUUAGAGUCGAUCUUGAGAAUUGCGGAGUCCUUUGCAAAGAUGAGACUCAGUCCGUACGUCUCCAGCAGCGACUUGGACCGUGCCAUCAAAGUCGUUGUGGACAGCUUUAUCGGUGCCCAGAAGAUCAGCAUCAGAAGACAGUUGCAGAGAAGCUUCAUGAAGUACACCUUGCCGCACCGGUCGCAGCGGGGCAGCGGCCGAAACGCAGGCCCGACGCCUGCCCCCGCCACCGCUGCAGCAUGAUCCAUGUCUGUAUCCGUCGUCGACAUAUAUACCCCCGUCCCCUCUUUUGUAUCAUUCCUUCCUUGUGUGUAUACUCCCGCUUUUAUUUAAUUCCGAUCCUCUGGUCUUCUCCGAA